UCCAGCCAUGAGCUCCAGCCAUCAAGGGGCCUGCCCAUGCCAGGGGCCUGCAGGACGCCCAGCCAUUCUAUACACACUUCUGAGCCCCAGCCUCACGGCCAGUCCCUCUGUGCCCCCAUCCGGCACCCACUGCCUGUGCAGGCAGCACCGGCCCGUCCACCUCUGCGCGCCACAUCGCACCUGCAGGGAGGCUUUGGAUGUCCUGGCUAAGACAGUGGCCUUUCUCAGGAACUUGCCAUCUUUCUGCCAGCUGCCCACCCAGGAUCAGCGACGCCUGCUGCAGGGCUCCUGGGGCCCCCUCUUCCUGCUUGGCUUGGCCCAAGAUACUGUGACCUUCGAGGUGGCAGAGGCCCCGGUGCCCAGCAUACUCAAGAAGAUAUUGUUGGAGGAACCCAACAGCAGAGCCAGGAGUGAACAGCUGCCCAACAGACCCCAGCCCUCCCUGGCUGCUGUGCAAUGGCUUCAGUGCUGUCUAGAGUCCUUCUGCAGCCUCAAGCUGGGCCCUAAAGAGUAUGCCUAUCUGAAAGGAACCAUCCUCUUCAACCCAGAUGUGCCAGGCCUCCAGGCCGCCUCCCUCAUUGGACACCUGCAACAGGAGGCUCACUGGGCCUUAUGUGAAGUCUUGGAGCCCUGGUACCCAGCAGGCCAAGGCCGCCUGGCCCGAGUCCUCCUCAUGGCCUCCACCCUCAAGAGCAUUCCACCCAGCCUUCUUGGGGACCUCUUCUUCCGGCCUAUCAUCGGAGACGUUGACAUCACUGGACUCCUGGAAGACAUGCUUUUGCUGAGGUGACCUGAGGAAGAGGGAGCCAAUGCUUCUAGAGGGGGAAGCCUGACAGCGCCCAGUUCCACAGGAGCAGUCUCUCACCCAUCCAACCCCAACUUGCAUUUCCUUGGCUUGGAAGUAGUGCUAUAGCAACCUCGUAGGACUUCGGUGGUGCCUAGAGGCUCUGGGCUAGAACUCCCUGUCCUCUCCGGGGAUAGGGAUGGAAGUUUAGAUUACUGUUGAUCCAGAAAUCCUCCUGACUUUGUACAGACCUAAAUUAAUUUAUUGGUUUUUGUAAUAAAAAG